AUUGGUUUCUAUUUUAAGGGAAGGUGUUAUAAUUCAAGCAUCUGAGUCCCACCCAUGGUUGCUUCUAUGUGAAAUUUGCUUCUCCAGUGUUUUCUGAUGGCUGUUCCGUUUUUGUUAUUUUUCAGGUUGAACUGAGCUUUUCACAAAACACAAUUUUAAAAGAACAAACACCAUCAGAGCCGUAGAACAUCCACUUUGUUAAAUAAUGAACUUGGACAUUUCACAAGGGAGACGCCACCUAUGACACAUCACAACAUAUGGACUGAAGUGGCCAUUUAUACAUUGGGGUCAUCUUGACUAUGAAUGAUUUCUGCUGUCCACCUACUGCUGCUUUAUGAGAAAUGCGAGCAGUCACUUCCUCAAGGCCUCUAAACACAGAAGAAGACCAAGAAAGAAGCAUGUGCUCAGUUAAUGUAGUUGAGUGAGUUUUUUUCCCUUUUUUGCCAAGCCAAGAAGAGAGAUGGUUACAAGAUGAUCAUGUGAGUCUCAGGUUUACAGAGGUUUGCAUAAGAAAAGAAGAAAAGACAUUUUGUAGAUUGCUUCUCAUGUUUGGAGACUUGCCACUGUCAACGGUGCUACAAUGGCCUGGUUUAAAGCCUCAGCAACAUUUGCAAUGAAAAUAUUUGGACUAAAAAAUUUGGAGAGUUUCCUUGCUUUGAAAUUGUUUGUCAUGCUGUACCAGUGUUGACCUGCAGCCCUUCUUUUUACUGAAUUUCCGAAUUAAACAGCAACUACUGACACUUUGAAUUCUUGAAUCUGCAAAGUUUGUUAAGUCAGCGCCAGCUCUGUAGCAAAUUUAGGCAAAGCAGGAAACCUGUAGGAAAGACUUUACUUCACUGUCAAUGCAAGCAGCCAACUCCUUCCCCAGAUAAACUUCUCAACAUCCCACUCCUUUUUCUAAGGUCAUGGAUCCUGAACAUAGCCAGAAGAGCACAAAGAAGGGUGAGGAAGGUCCAAGGAAGAGGCUUGUAAAACGACAGGCUAUCCAAGGUAGUAUUUCAUCUGUGGGUACAUAUCUGAGCAGCUCUGCUCCUUUGCCAGGCUCCCCCCUGCAAGACGUUGCCUCACAGCAGCAUUUUUCAAGGGAAGACAUCCAGGAGAAACCAGGACAAGUCCAAACUAAGCAUUCCUCUUUUGAACACCCAUCCCAUGUUACUCAGCUUCAGCAGCACUCCCUAUCACCAGCAUAUAUGCCUCCUCGGAAACCAGAACAUGUCCAUGAAGGGUCCACAUGGCAACUGGUUGAUCCAGCAAGAGCUGUCCCUUCUGGGUCAUUUUCAUCCUCUGGGCUUCAUUCCAGUCAUAGCCAGACCUUACCAUCCCGGUCCUCCAUAGUUUCUGAAGAGGACAUGCCCUCUGUCCAAAAGGUCUAUGUAGCGCGUAGUUCACAGGUUUCCUUAAAACCCUCUGAAGAAGGACACAAGAAAGAAAAGAAGCCACAGAAACCAGGCAAAUACAUUUGCCAGUAUUGUAGCCGGCCUUGCGCCAAGCCAAGUGUCCUCCAGAAACACAUCCGAUCUCAUACAGGAGAAAGACCCUAUCCAUGUGUUCCAUGUGGCUUUUCCUUUAAAACCAAGAGCAAUUUGUAUAAGCACCGAAAGUCACAUGCACACCGAAUCAAAGCUGGUUUGUCUUCAGGGACUGGAACAGAAUUGUAUCCUUCCAGCUUGGAAAUGGAGAAGAUGGGUGGAGAGGAAUUUGAAGAACCUACUGAAGGAGAAAGCACAGAUUCUGAAGAGGAGACAAGGACAACAUCGAGUCACCUAGUAGAACUGUCACCCAGGCAAAAGCAAACAAUGUUGUAUGGGGCAGGAAGCCAAGGCUCUAGUAAAGAAAGUUCCUCUUUCUCCCAUUCUAGCACAUCUCAGUCUCUUGAUGACCCCAGCCAGUUUUUAGAGACAGCUCCGGAACAUACUCAAAGUCAUAAAUUGGAGGAAACUCAUACCAUUAAACAGAAGCUUGCUCUCCGGCUAAGUGAAAGAAAAAAGGUAAUUGAAGAGCAGGCUUUUCUUAGCCCUGGUAGUAAAGGGAGUACAGAAUCAGGCUAUUUCUCAAGAUCAGAGAGUGCUGAACAACAAAUCAGCCCACCAAACACAAAUGCCAAAUCUUAUGCAGAAAUUAUUUUUGGUAAGUGUGGGAGAAUCGGCCAACGGACUACCAUGUUAACAGGAGCCACCACCCAAGAAUUUCCACAGGUUUCCUCUGAAGAAAAACUGAGCACCGGUCCCUUGUCUGUGCCUAGAACACAGGUUAUUGAACAUAUCACCAAGCUGAUUACAAUUAAUGAAGCUGUUGUUGAUACAAGUGAAAUAGAUAGUGUGAAACCUAGGAGAAGUUCUUUGUCCAGACGAAGCAGCAUUGAAUCUCCAAAAUCAGGUGCAUACAGAGAACCUUUUCAAUUAGAAACCAAACCUGGUUCUGGUAGCCAAGUUGAGUCAUCAAAGUUGAUGUCAUCUCAUGUUGAAAAAAUGAAGCCUGAACAAUCAUGGUUAUCUCUCCAGCAAUCCCACAGUGCCACAGAGACAGUGCCUCUCCUAAGAAGCCAAUCUAUGCCUUCAGCUGCAAGUACUAUGAGUUCUCCUCAUACUUUUAGAGGUAGCUAUUCUUUUGAUGACCAUGUUGCAGGAUCAGAGGUCUUAAGUCGUAGUCAGGUGUCUUCCCAUCCAAGAAUGCUAAAACGACAGCCUGCCAUAGAGCUACCAUUGGGGAUGGAGUAUAGCUCAGAAGAGGUGAGCAGCACAGCAAGCAAAGAAAGCGUUGCCAAACCAACUGAGGAACAAGAAAGCAAGGAGACCGAGCUUACCAAAAAGUCCAGGAAGGGCACGAAAAUGAAAGGGUUUAUGUAUGAGUGUAACAUUUGUGGUGCUCGAUACAAGAAAAGAGACAAUUAUGAAGCCCACAAAAAAUAUUAUUGUUCUGAACUCCAGGUCUCCAAGCCUCGAUCUUCCAGUUCUCGUACCUCAUCAGAGGUGGAAAAAAGUUUCAUGGAAACUCAUCCUUGGCCGCAGAGGAUGCAUUAUAAGCUGGGAAGUAGUUUAGAACUUACACCGCUGAGGAAAAGGCGUAAAGAAAAAAGCCUUGGUGAUGAGGAGGACCCCACAGCUUUUGAGAUGGGUGAACCAUCCUCCUCUAGUGCUGGGCCAGCCACUCAGGGUACUGGCUUCAAAUCCACUGUUGUGGCCUUGACUUUAGCCUCUCAGUCCAUUAAGCCACCAGCAGAGCCCAGUCAAUCUGUGCCGUUUUCCAAUAUCGGUGUAAGUUUUCAUCCUAGAACUGCAAAACCCUCUUUUAGUACUGAAAGCAAGGAAUGGAGAACAACUUCAAAGGAGAUCUCUGUCAUCCAGCACACCAGCUCCUUUGAGAAAUCUGAAUCCCUUGAACAACUGAGUGGUUUGGAAGGAGAGGAGAAGUUACUGUUGCCAUAUGGAUCUCAUCCCGCAGUGCAACAUGGCCGGACAUCUCAUUCCCUGCAGCCAAAGCUUGUGCGUCAACCCAAUAUCCAAGUUCCUGAGAUUCUGGUCACUGAGGAACCUGACAGACCAGAAAUGGAACCUGAACCUCCUCCCAAAGAGCCAGAAAAGACUGAGGAAUUCCAGUGGCCUCAGAGAAGUCAGUCUCUCUCUCAACUCCCGGCAGAGAAACUGCCACCCAAAAAGAAGAGGCUACGGCUAGCAGAAAUGGCCCAGUCUUCUGGAGACAGUUUUGAAUCAAUCAGAAGCCCAAGUCUAGAAAGCAGCAUCUCCCACGCUUCCAGCUGUUCAACUUCGUUUGAUCGAGAGGAAGCCACUUCCCAGCCUUCUGACACCCCUACGAAGCCUCUCAGUAUACCACAUAUGCUAACAGUACCAAGCCACCACCAACAUCAGCAUCCUUCUCGAGAAAUGCGGAGAUCUGCUUCGGAGCAGACGCCCAAUGUCUCUCCCUCUUCUACGAUGUCAGAGACCCGCAGCAAAUCCUUUGAUUAUGGGAGCCUAUCCUCCUCCUCUCCUGCUACGACCCAUCCUCCAACGACAUCAGCACCGCAGGAGAGGAGGAAAUGUUUUUUGGUUCGACAGGCAUCUCUCGCCAGGCAUCCAGAGCAUGAACCAGACCCACCCCCCAAAGAGGGGACAGAAACUGAAGAGUCCAUACACACUUCAGGCAAAUCUCCUACUGGGAGCCCUCCCCAGCAACAGCCACCUUCACCUUCCUCCUCUUCACCUCACAGAAGCUAUUCAUAUGAUAAGGGUCAGCCGAAAGAUUGUCCUGAGCCCUUGUAUCCCCAUAUCUACACUGAAGCUCUGCAACUGUUCCAUCACUCUACACCACAGUUAACACUUCACGAAAAGCAGUACCUGACGCCACAUAUCUCCCUUUUGCCCUUCCAAUCAGGACACUCAGUAGAGCUCUUUUCCACCCAGGCUGUGGCAGACCUCUUCUCUGCUCAAUAUUCGAUCCCACCGAUACCUCACUCCAUAUUUCAGAAUGCAGCUUUCCCUCUGCAAGAUGCUUUGCUCCACCCGGGGCAGCUUCACCUUACUCCUCAACUGAUGUCACACUCAGCUGAUGUGGGAAUCCGGCAGAGUCCAUCCCUUGUCCCUCUACAUUAUCCAGGCUCUCCACCACUUCCUUCUGCAUUUUUUCUCCCUCUUCAUUCCCAAAUUGCUCUGCAGUUGCCAAGUGACAUUGGGGUCCAUUUGCCCCAACUGAAAUCCAGCCUCUCUCCACCAACAGGAAGCCCAAGCUUCUCCUCAUCUAUAGACUACAGCUCUGAGAGCCCGUUGCAUCUUCUGACCCGACCAAGCUCUCCUUCUGUCUCAAUUUCUCAAUUGGUGAUGCCUGCACGGCAAGAGCCGAUUGUGUCACUCGUUGUCCCCGUUCGCAUUCAGACUAACAUGCCCUCCUAUGGGAGCGCAAUGUACACCACUCUUUCUCAAAUCCUGGCCACCCAAUCCCACUGCAGCGCCUCUUCCAUCAUCUUGCCAAAAUUUGAUGAUUAUCAGACCAAGGGUACCUUGGUCUGCACUGCAAAUGUUCAUGGAAUUGGUCUUGAUUUGGCACAGAUGAUCACUGAAGAACAGAAAUCCUUGUUCCAGACCCCGUAUCUGAGGCUGCCAUUAUCAUUGUCGGAAAAGAAAAGUUACAUUCCCCUGGUCUGUACUUCUGAAAGUAUCUUAGGUUAUGAAGGACUUCCCCCACUGACUGUAGGUGGAAGCAAGCGGAUGUUGUCUCCAGCUGGGAGCUUGGAACUCACUAUGGAAAGUCAGCAGCAAAAAAGGGUGAAGGAAGAAGAAUUAUCUGAAACAGAGGAAAAACUGGAUUUAGUCAUGGCAUCCAGUGCAGAAGAGGAAGGGAAGACACUUAACCAAAGGAAAGCCAAGGCAGAAAUGUCCCCUGAUGUCUCACCUGAAACCUCUGACCCACAAGAUGUCGAGGAUGCUCUACAGCCAGCCCUCUCACACGCUGAGACCUUGAACUUUGAAGUGCAAGAGCAAUACAAGCAGAUCCAAAGUAAGGACUCUUCACAGAUGGUGAAGAAGGAAGAUUCCAAAGAUCCACUGGAACCACCCACAGGAAGCUCUCCAAGCUCUGCACUUCCUUCUGAGGCUCCUCAAAGUUCAAAGAAGUCUCAAGACAGUAUAGACAUUAAGAAGGUACUUCAGUUCCCCAGUCUCCAUACAACUACUAGUGUCAGUUGGUGCUAUUUAAAUUAUAUAAAGCCAAAUCACAUUCAGCAAGUUGACCGAAGGUCCUCAGUGUACACCAGCUGGUGCAUUAGCCUGUAUAAUCCCAAUCUUCCUGGUGUAUCCACGAAAGCUGCUCUCUCACUCCUGUGCUCCAAGCAAAACGUGAGCAAGGAAACCUACACCAUGGCAGCUGCUCCCCGUCCAGAAGCAGGAAAGCUUGUACCCUCAAGUUCCAGGAAUCCAAAAAUGUCUGAGGUUCAUCUGCCUUCACUCCUUCCUAAUGAAGGUCCAAAAGAUGUCAUGAAAACUGAUCAUGAAGAGGAGAAAAGGGGAAAAGGUGAAGAUGACAAUCUCGUAUCCAAACGAGGGGAACCAGCUAGGAUCAAGAUCUUUGAAGGAGGGUACAAAUCAAACGAAGAGUAUGUGUAUGUGCGAGGCCGUGGACGAGGGAAGUAUGUAUGUGAGGAGUGUGGAAUUCGCUGCAAGAAACCCAGCAUGCUGAAGAAACACAUUCGCACGCACACAGACGUCAGGCCUUAUGUCUGCAAGUACUGUAACUUUGCUUUUAAAACCAAAGGGAAUCUGACUAAACAUAUGAAGUCAAAAGCCCACAGCAAAAAGUGUCAGGAGCUGGGGGUGUUGGUGUCUUCACUGGUGGAGCCAGAAGCCGAAGAAGGAACCAGUGAAGAACACUUCCAAGAUCCAGAGGAAUCUGAGCUACUUGAAGAACACCAGUUUUCAGACUUGGAAGAGUAUGAUGAUGAUGAUGACAAUGAUGAAGAGGAGGAGGAAGAGGAGGAGGAAGAGGAGGAGGAGGAAGAGGAGGAGGAGGAGGAGGAAGAGGAGGAAAGCCAAGAGGAACCACUUGUAAAGUCUUCAGAAACAAACAAUACGUCCAUUCCAGGGCAUUCUCCCUCCAACCAAGAGAAAAGAACUAGGGCCAUCUUGUCUGUCGUGGAAAGGGUUGUCCCCAGCAGUGAGCAUGCUGAUCAAAGUCAACAGACUGUCUCCUCCAGGCCAGAAAUGAAAUGGUCAGCUGAUAGCAGUGACGUUGCUGUCUGCCACAGCUUCUUGAGACUCCAUCAGCCUAUUUUGACCUCCAGCGGGCUGUUAACUUCAUCUGAGAAGGAAUCAAUUGCAAAGCCUCAAAUGCUCUUAGCAAUGGACUUGUCUGUCUCCAGAGACACUCCUCCUAGAAGGAAGUCCUCCUCAAGCAAAGGUUCUGGAGCUGGUAGUGGGAACAGCAACCAAUUAGUAUUGGCUAAAAAGCACCUGCUGACCAAAAAUGAAACUUCGCUGAAAAGGUUUUCACCCACUAGAGAAACAUUGUCCCUGAGGAGCCUCUCUCCAACUCUGGGGAGGCCUUCCUGUCACCAGAUGUCUCCAAAGAGAGAGGCUGCUUCUCUACGUAGUCUUAGCCCAAGACUGGAGUUCUCUUCAAGCAGGUACGUGUCUCCUAGGAGGGAGCUAUCAUCACGCGUGUACCCCCCUCCAGAGAGAGGGGUCUCCUCUGUAAGACAUGCUUCUCCAAGCAGGGAUGCGUCCUCAACAAGAUACUUGUCCUUGAAGAAGAUGUUCUCCCAGAGCUAUUCAGAGCCACCUUCACGGUAUCCAUCUCCAGUGAGAGAGGACCUGCCUUCUCGUAGCCAGUCAACAGCAGAUGAAAUCAUUCAGACCUUCUGUAAAACGGAGCAUGGAAUGUUGUCUUCAGUGCCUCUACCUCAUGGGUCCCUCGGCAAAAGCACGGAGCUGUAUGAAGAACCCAAAUUGAAGACUGAACCUAGGGUCCCGACAAGUUUCCCAGGCAUCGUUCAGACUCUCUGCAUAAGACCUUUACAGUCAUCGCAUGAAAUACAUGCCCAUGCUUCAAGCCGAAGGGAAGACCAUAUCUUCAGUCAUCUCCCGCUGCAUUCCCAGCAAUUGCCUAGGAGCCCAUGCCCUAUGAUCCCCAUUGGGGGUAUCCAGAUGGUCCAGGCAAGACCCAGCAGCCAUCCUGGCUUGGGGCGUGGAUCAGUGAUGUCACUGCCGUCUGGAUACUUUGGUGGUAACCUCUCUGCCUGGAACCAAACAAAAGGAAGGGACACUGAGGCUCAAAACCUGCAAGAAACUCCUUCCCUGCUUGCAACACGACCGCUUCAAAGCAGCAGCUACUUGGAAGAGAAAGUGAGGACUAGCAAGCCCCAGCAAAAGACAGCCAAGGAAGAAUACAGGGUAAACAGACCUGCUGAGCCUGGCCGCUCACCGCUGGAGAGCAGUGAAGCCACCCAAGACAGUUCCUCCUCAACGGACCAGCCCUCUCCAAAGCCUUCAGCGGGUGGAGAAGAACUCGGUGGCCAGAAGGAGAAAAAAGAGCAAGGCAGCUCGCACCUCUCGUUGGAACCCCCCGCCUGCACUCUUGCUGCUGACGUCCCCACGCAGACCCUUGACAGGAGCAGCAGUGCUGGCUCUUUGUGGGAACCAGCGUCAAGCCACUCCUUUUGCCCAGCGUCUGGCCGGAGAAGGAACCUCUCGGGAGAGGUGCUCCUCCAAGUGGGGCCACAUAAGAGGCAAAGCCCACCUGUAGAACCAGCGGGUUUGGGCCUGUCUCCAAGGCAGGCGAAUAACAAUACAGGAAGUACUUGAUCCCUCCCUCCAUUUUUUUUCUCUCACAGGCUUCUCCAAGUCCAGUCAAUGGACUGCUCUCAACAUCAAUUGAUUUUGGAAUAAUCACUGAUGAAAGAAAGACUCUAGCAUAGGACCAAACCCACAGAAACAGAUGCUGGCUAUCUUUCUUCUUCCCAUUCUUUCUUUCAAUCUGCUAUGAUUUCCACAUGUAUCUGUGCCUUUUUCUAUACCUUUCUUUUGUUGUUGAUGUUGCUUGAAGUAGACAAACAUAAUAAUUGGAGCUAUGAUUUUUUUUAAAAAAUAUAUAUAUAUAACAGGAUUUUGGACAGAUUAGAUUAGUGUCUCCAUCAUCAUGACCAUGUCUAUGUUCCUGUGGUCUUGGGCAAUACAGCUAAGAAAAGGUUCAAAAUAGUUUCCAAAGGAUGCACUGAAAUGUUUAGGAAAUACACACCUCUUUAAAAUUUAUUGAUGGGGGAGGGAGGGAGAAGAGCUUGUUUCCCUGUAGAGACAAUGACAAGCCCCCAACCUCUAUUUAUUAUUUGGUUUAUUUAAUAUGUGGCAAAGUGCUUGUUCUGUUUUAUAAUUAUUGCUUUUUAUUAUUUUUAUUCUCUGGUUGCCUCUAAAUGUGCUUUAAGGACAGCUGUGACUGCUUUAAUGUGGGAAAGACAUGUUUAUUUUUGAAUUGUGAAUGAAACUAGCACUUCUUUUGUAUGGUGAGGCGCCUGGUGGUGGUGGAAAAAGGAAGGCUCUCCCCUGAAACGGGAAGAGUCUCAGAAUGUGCCUCCUUUGCAACUAAUCCUCAAAAAGCACUUUUCUUAAAAAGAGAGAGAGAGAGAGAGAGAGAGCUACAAAUACACAAAGUGUUAACUGCCCCCUCAAAGGAAAGAAAUCAUAAGGAAAUAGGAAUGUAUUGAAUGUAAAAAGAAGAAGAAAUGCUUUGAAGAAUGACGUGUACCAGCAGUAGCCAUCAGGAGGCCUCCAGAUACUUUGGAUUGCAGCUCCAAUCCCUUCUUGACCAAUGGCCGUGCGUUUUCUGUCCAAUAGGAAUGGCCAUCCAUAGUAUCUGGAGGGCAUGAAGCUUGCCACUGACUCCCAGUGUAGACUUUGCUUUCUGGUAGCCAUUAUUCCUGCUUGCCUGCUGACAUUCCGUAGUGGCUGCUUGUUCCACAUGUGCGCACAAUCCCCCAUGGGGUGCCUUUCACUAGCUACUAGCCAUUGUGCCCCUGGGAUCUCACUCUGGAAAUUAACUUUCAGUUCUGAGAAAUAUUUUAAUGGAUAUCUUGGAGGUAGGGGUGGGAGGGGGGAGUUUGCUUCCUAUGGAAAAAAUCCUGUUAGAUCCCUCUUUUGGAAAUCACAAGGAGGAAAGAGAACAGAGUGGUCAUAUAUUGUUCUUCAGAGGAUCAUCUGUGCAGUUCCACAUAUGGGUCAGCAGUACAGUGCCCUGCAGCUGUGGUGGACCCCAGGCUGCAUAAUCCACAGCCAAUGUGGCACAUGGGAGUGAUGGAAGUUCUAGUCCAGCACAUCUGCAGGCUACUGAAGUAGUGGGAAAUGUGAUUAAAAAUACAUUUUAUCCUCUGACUGUGGAAUCAGAAAUUUGGGGUGUAGUUCCCACUAAGGAUGUGCUCUUUCAUGCUUUUGGACUGUUGCUUCCAAGAAUUCUAGGAAUUGUAGCCUACAAACCCAAAUCUGCAUAUCUGCAAGUUUCACACCCCUUAGAGAGGGGCUUUCAAGCUUCUUAUCUGUUCUAUUAGCUUCCCUGCCCUUGCUUCCUGUCUUGGUGUGUGUUGUUGUUGUUUUAAUAAGCUGCCAUGGUGCUUCCUGAGAGUUGCAGUCUUGCUGCCCAUUAAGCUCUAUUGAGAAUGUUUCCCAAAGAGCUACUACUCCCUGGAAGUACAGCAGCAGAGGCUUCCUUUUUAAAAAGUAAAACAAAUCAACAACAGGAAGCAAGGACAAGAAAGCCAACAGUAUAGGCCAGCAGUUCAUAUCCUUUUCUUUACCACAGACCCCCUUUAAAUAUCUUUUGUUACUGAGGACCACCAAGACUUAACUCAAGAUUCAACUUAACCGCCCAGAGACCGUUGGGUAGUGUGGGUGGCAUAUAAGUUAAAUAAAUAAAAUAAAUUUAAAACCCUAAACUUUUCCAGUUUUUGCUGUUAGCAGAGAAACUUCAAAUAAGGCCCUCAACUGCCUUUUCAUUUUUACAACAAGUUGCAGUCUUUUAAAGACCAUUUUUGUACUUUCCCAAAGUUUAUGCUCCUUACUUUAGAAAAACAAUCAGUGCUCUUAUGCCAUGUUCCUUAUGUUUAGUAUCAAGAUGUCUUUACAAUUUUGACAACUUCAUGGCCUUGUUGGAGAAUACCUCGUAACACAACACACACUGAUAGUUGCUUAUUUUCGGAACCUGUACACAUGAAGCCAGUCAACAUUUAUUCCUUGCUGUAAUGGUAAAAUUUUUAAAGUGACUGGAAGAAGCUUCAUUUUGCUUUGAACAAGAUGCACCCUCAUCAACAUCAUCAGUUCCUUUACGUUUCAGCUAGAGAUCCGUUCUGAGGAUCAACCAACAUAUAUUGUUAUGAAAUUCACUGAGAUAAUAUCAAAAAGUCACUUUACUCAACAAUAACCAAAUGGUUAUUGACAAAAUUGAAGAAAAAACAGGAUCACUAAGUCUGUCACUCACACUGACACUGACUGACUCUGAUUCUCUCUUCCCACAUCUUCUUUCUGUGCAGUAGCAAGAAAUUCACAUGCUUUCUCUCAGACACUCAGCAUCAUUCACUUGCAUCAAAAUAUCUAACAGUCAUUUGCUAUCAAACAGUCAUUUUCA